UUCUUUGCGGAGGUAACGAGAGGGACGGGGGCGCUUUAUAAAGAUCAACUCCGUGCAUUUGGCCCUCUCUUUCUUUCAUUACAUUCUGUCGUUUUAGUCACCAACUCGCUCCAAGAUGCCCAGCAAGAGGAAGAGGAACAAGCGUCGCAUGAGGAGGGUGCAAGCCCUGAAGAAAACCAUUGAAGAGCAGCAUGAAGCCACUCGAUCAGUCAAAGCAAGCCCAGGGAUUGCAGUAAGUGUGCCCCCUGCAGCAACUCCAAAGAAAGCUGCUAAAGCUCCAGCACCAGCUCCAGCUCCAGAAAAGAUCCCGGAGACUGUUGCCAUCGUGGAGGUGCCCAAAGUUGAAACAAAACCAGCUGUGACAGAACCUGUAGCAGAGCCCAUCCUGGUCAAAGCAGAAGCACCAGAGCCAGAGGCUGUGGUGUUGGAACAGACUGUAGCAGAUGUUGUCGAGGUUGAAGUCCCAGCACCAGUCAUUGCAGAAGAGCCAGUUGUCACUAAAGAAGAACCAGUCAUCAGUCCAGAAGAACCAGUUGUCACCAAAGAAGAACCAGUUGUCAUCAAAGAAGAACCAGUUGUCACCAAAGAAGAACCAGUCAUCAGUCCAGAAGAACCAGUCAUCACCAAAGAAGAACCAGUUGUCACCAAAGAAGAACCAGUCAUCAGUCCAGAAGAACCAGUUGUCACCAAAGAAGAACCAGUUGUCACCAAAGAAGAACCAGUUGUCAUUAAAGAAGAACCAGUUGUCACCAAAGAAGAACCAGUUGUCAUUAAAGAAGAACCAAUUGUCACCAAAGAAGAACCAGUUGUCACCAAAGAAGAACCAGUUGUCAUUAAAGAAGAACCAGUUGUCAGAACAGAACCAGAACAGAAUGCCCCUGUCAUUGCUGCUGCUGCAGUUCAAGAGGUCAUUCCUGAAACAGAAGCAUUGACUGAGGUCCAGUCUGUUGAUGCUCCAGUCUUAACCACAGAAGCUGAACAGACGCAUGAUGUCUGUGAGCCAGAGACUAAAAUGGAGGCUGAGGUGUUGGCGGACGAAGACGCAGUCACUACAGUGAAGGUGGAAGUGACAGAAGAUAACGCUACAUUAGAGCCUGGAACUGAAGCCAUGGAAGAACCCAUGGUGGAAGUACACGCCUGUGACCAGGAGUCAGCUGAAGCACAAGCUGCUGCACAAACAGAGGAGAAGGUGGAGACGACAGAGGAGAAGGUGGAGGUGGCAGUGGAAGAGGUGGAGACGUCAGAGGAGAAGGUGGAGACGACAGAGGAGAAGGUGGAGGUGGCAGUGGAAGAGGUGGAGACGUCGGAGGAGAAGGUGGAGACAACAGAGAAGGUGGAGGGGGCAGUGGAAGAGGUGGAGACGUCGGAGGAGAAGGUGGUGGUGACAGAGGAGAAGGUGGAGGUGGCAGUGGAAGAGGUGGAGACGUUGAAGGAGAAGGUGGAGACGACAGAGGAGAAGGUGGAGACAACAGAGAAGGUGGAGGUGGCAGUGGAAGAGGUGGAGACGUCGGAGGAGAAGGUGGCAGAGGAGGAGAUGGAGAUUCUUGAGCCAGAACAGCAGACUGAAGCUGUCAUCAGUCCUGAGGAAGAGGAUAAAGUAGAAGUGCUGGAUGAAGGUGUACUUGAAGUCGUGGCAGAGCCCGUGACAAUCACAGAGGUGUUGACCACUGUCACUGAGGUUCCUGUUACAACUGAAACUCAAGUAACUGAAGUCAUAGAGGAAAUAACUGAGGUGCCUGCCAUCACAGAAGCUGCUGACACGAUGAUUGAUGACUUUGUCGUCACAGACAGUGUUGCAGCAGUGACAGAUGCCAUUGCAGAGUCAGCUGCUGUACAGCAGGAAACUCCAGUAAUCAUUGACACCACCAGCAUCCAAAUAGAAUCUGCAGUGACUCCUGCUGAGCCUAAACCGGAACCAGAACCUGAGCCUGCUCCUGUACCUGUCAAAGAAAUGAUCAUGGACGUCACCCCUGAGCCGACAUGUGUGGAUUUGCUUUCAGACAAUAUCAAGGCAGAAAUCUGUGACAUGCCCUGCCAGAUGCAGCAUGUAAUGGAAUCUGUGCAGCUCAAGUCAAUGGAAAUGUCGAUGGAGAAAGCAUUGAAUGGACAAGUUGUUCCAGAGGUUUCCAUUGAGGGCUAGAGCCGCGGAACACACUCCUUCAAAUGUUUUUUCUUUGGCCUUUAACAGAAGCAUCAGGAAAUCGGAGGAAGAUCCGAACUUUGAAGUGCCUUUCCUGUCAAGCCACCGAAACAAGAUGUCACCAUGUACAAACGGCUGACUGUUGUUUGUCAUCAGGAGUUUACAAUUUUCUUCUUUUUUUUUUAAAUGUCUAUCUCCUCAUAUGCAGUGAAUCUGCAUGAGCAGUAGAAUCAUUCAUAGUUCAGAAAUGGAGAAACAAAGAUUAAUGUUUUCUUUUGUUUUUUCUUCACAUUUAUAAAGUCACAGAUUUUGCCCAACAUUUACCUGGAGUCAGUGCCACAUUUUACCCUCACCUCCGUUUGCAGCUCUCGAAGUGCUAGAUUUUUUUGGCCUCUGGGAAACUUUUGAUACAAAGCCAGAAGUGAUGCUUUAACUUGUUGUCCUUUUUUUUUUUAAAAUUUGUUUUGUAUUGACCAGAUGAUGAGCCACAGUUUUGUUUUCAAAGACCGCUCUGGAGGGGAAAAGUGAUUUGGAGCUUUUUGAUGGUCUGAUUUUUAUCAACUUUGAAAUAAAGCUGUAAUUUAUCAGAA